AUGCUGCCCGACACCCGUCGUCGCGUACGCCCACUCGUCGCUCUACCAGUUGAACAGGAACAGGACGAGAAGGAUUCUGGAUUCGUCGUGGCCAUCGUCGCGUGGGCACGUGGUGCUACCCAACCUGGGGCCAUGACGGAUGCUGGCGCAUUUAGCAGCGCCCAUGUGGAAAACUUGGCAACUUGCUCCGAUGUAAUCGAUCUCCAGGUUACCAAGACUCCUCGCGUAGCCGAACCCAAUGCCGGCAUGGCGUCAACAUUCGAACUGGUGUGGGAUCGUGUGCACCCGCAGCUGGGCGAGUGCACCCCGAGGGUGCUUUGGGUGCGGCAAGUGGCCAGGCUGGUGGCCACUGGCAACGACUCUUCUGCUCUGCAGCUGCAGAUGCUGCAGAUGCUGCAGAUUCUGCAUUCUGGUUCGGCCUGGCUUCGGGUCGUCGUGUCGCAGCGGUCGACGGUGAUGAGAAAGGGGGAAGGGGUGUGGCGGCAGGAUGAGGAGGGCGUGAUACGACAUCGGGUGGCGGUGCGAUGA